GUUGCUGCCGCCGUCGCCGCCGUCGCUGCCGCCUCCGCCACCGCCAUCGCCACCGCCACUGCCACUGGCCGUGCGGGUUUUCUUUUUCUUUUUGUCUUUUCUUUCUUGAUUUGUUGGGUCCGCCAUAUUGACGAGGCCGUGGUACCCAAGGCUGCGGAAGCUAGAGUCCGCCGGUGGCGGAGCCGCAAGCUCUCGGUAAACGGCCCAUUGGGGCCCUCCUCCCUGUCCCAGCGAACCCCCUCCCUGCCUGCACCGGCUCCCAGGCCUCGCGGGAGCCGGCCGCCACCGCCUCGCCCUCCAGGGAGGCGGCCGCCUUUACCGCCCCAGGGCUUGGGGUGGGUGACGGGAGUGAGGACAGGAGCGGUAGCUAAGCGAGCAGGCCUGGAGUGGGGGGACAGAGGCGGCGACUAGGGGAAGGUGAAACUGCCGCUGCAGGAGGAGGAGCAGGAGGAGGUGACGCAGGAGAAACGCACUGCCCGGAGCUUGUCUGAGCUCAGCGCCCGAGCCUGAGGGGAGAAGGGGGAAGAGGGCUGCGGCCGGCCGAGAGGGAGGCGGCGGCCGUUGUCACCGCUGCCCUAGGGCGGCCAGGGUGAGGGCCAGACCUCUGGUCCGUACGCGUCGCGAGCCCGCCCGCCAUCCGCAGCCUCUCAUAUUUUUGUCCCUCGCCAGCCCCCGGCUUGGGAUGCUCCCAGGUUAGGCCCGGUCCCGGGAUCGAGCUUUUGCAUCUCGUCUCCCGCCUCCGCGUGGCCCGCUUCGUAGGAGACUCCCGGGUUGUGUUUGGUUAUGCAAUGGUCUCUGCAAGAUGUUUUAUUCUUGAAUUGGAACCUUUUACGACUGACAAAUGCUGGUACUUUAUCUCCUAUAAGUGGACUAUAAUUUCUUUUCUUAAGACAACUACAUAAGCAGACAAAAUUGCAAAGAUCUGCCCUGUGUCGAGUAUGACAGCCACGACUCGUGGCUCUCCAGUUGGAGGGAAUGACAACCAGGGCCAAGCCCCUGAUGGACAGUCUCAGCCCCCCCUCCAACAGAAUCAGACUUCAUCACCUGAUUCGUCCAAUGAAAAUUCCCCUGCAACUCCUCCUGAUGAGCAAGGUCAAGGUGAUGCUCCUCCACAGAUUGAAGAUGAGGAACCUGCAUUUCCACACACUGACUUGGCAAAGUUAGAUGAUAUGAUCAACAGGCCUCGAUGGGUUGUUCCAGUUUUGCCGAAAGGGGAAUUAGAAGUGCUUUUAGAAGCUGCUAUUGAUCUUAGUAAGAAAGGCCUUGAUGUUAAAAGUGAAGCAUGUCAGCGAUUUUUCCGAGAUGGGCUAACUAUCUCAUUCACAAAAAUCCUUACAGAUGAAGCAGUGAGUGGCUGGAAGUUUGAAAUUCAUAGAUGUAUUAUUAACAAUACUCAUCGCCUGGUGGAGCUAUGUGUGGCUAAGUUAGCCCAAGACUGGUUUCCACUUCUGGAACUUCUUGCCAUGGCCUUAAAUCCUCAUUGCAAAUUCCAUAUCUACAAUGGUACACGUCCCUGUGAGUCAGUGUCCUCAAGUGUUCAGUUGCCUGAAGAUGAACUCUUUGCUCGUUCUCCAGACCCUCGAUCACCAAAAGGUUGGCUAGUGGAUCUCCUCAACAAAUUUGGCACUUUAAAUGGAUUCCAGAUACUGCACGAUCGUUUUAUUAAUGGAUCAGCAUUAAACGUUCAGAUAAUUGCAGCCCUUAUUAAACCAUUUGGACAGUGCUAUGAGUUUCUUACUCUUCACACGGUGAAAAAGUACUUUCUUCCAAUAAUAGAAAUGGUUCCACAGUUUUUAGAAAACUUAACUGAUGAAGAGCUGAAGAAAGAAGCAAAGAAUGAAGCCAAAAAUGAUGCUCUUUCAAUGAUUAUUAAAUCAUUGAAGAAUUUAGCUUCACGGGUUCCUGGACAAGAAGAAACUGUAAAAAACUUAGAAAUAUUUAGGUUAAAAAUGAUACUUAGAUUGUUGCAAAUUUCUUCCUUCAAUGGAAAGAUGAAUGCACUGAAUGAGGUUAAUAAGGUGAUUUCUAGUGUGUCAUACUAUACCCAUCGGCAUGGCAGUUCUGAGGAUGAAGAGUGGCUUACAGCAGAGAGGAUGGCUGAAUGGAUACAGCAGAACAAUAUUUUAUCCAUAGUUUUACGAGAUAGCCUUCAUCAGCCACAGUAUGUAGAGAAACUAGAAAAGAUUCUUCGUUUUGUCAUAAAAGAAAAAGCUCUGACCUUGCAAGAUCUUGAUAAUAUCUGGGCAGCACAGGCAGGGAAACAUGAAGCCAUUGUAAAGAAUGUACAUGAUCUACUGGCCAAAUUGGCAUGGGAUUUUUCUCCUGAACAACUUGAUCAUCUUUUUGAUUGCUUUAAGGCCAGUUGGACAAAUGCAAGUAAAAAGCAACGUGAAAAGCUCCUUGAGCUGAUUCGUCGUCUUGCGGAAGAUGAUAAAGAUGGUGUGAUGGCACAUAAAGUGUUGAACCUUCUGUGGAAUCUAGCUCACAGUGAUGAUGUGCCUGUAGAUAUCAUGGAUUUGGCUCUCAGUGCUCACAUCAAAAUACUAGAUUAUAGUUGCUCCCAGGACCGGGACACCCAAAAGAUCCAGUGGAUUGAUCGCUUCAUAGAAGAACUUCGCACAAAUGACAAAUGGGUCAUUCCUGCACUGAAACAAAUUAGAGAAAUUUGUAGUUUGUUUGGUGAAGCACCUCAAAAUUUGAGCUCUUCUCGUUUCAGUCAAAGUCAGCGAAGUCCCCAUGUAUUUUAUCGCCAUGACUUAAUCAAUCAACUUCAGCACAAUCAUGCCCUAGUUACUUUGGUAGCAGAAAACCUUGCAACUUACAUGGAAAGCAUGAGAAUGUAUGGCAGAGACAAUGAAGAUUAUGACCCACAAACUGUGAGACUGGGAAGUAGAUAUAGUCAUGUUCAAGAAGUCCAAGAACGGCUUAACUUUCUUAGAUUUUUAUUGAAGGAUGGCCAGCUGUGGCUGUGUGCUCCACAGGCAAAACAAAUAUGGAAGUGCUUAGCAGAGAAUGCGGUUUAUCUUUGUGAUCGUGAAGCCUGUUUUAAGUGGUAUUCCAAAUUAAUGGGAGAUGAACCAGACUUAGAUCCUGAUAUCAAUAAGGACUUCUUUGAAAGUAAUGUGCUUCAGCUUGAUCCUUCCCUGUUAACUGAAAAUGGGAUGAAAUGUUUUGAGAGAUUCUUCAAAGCUGUGAAUUGUCGAGAAGGAAAACUAGUAGCAAAAAGAAGAGCCUACAUGAUGGAUGAUUUGGAAUUGAUAGGAUUAGACUAUCUUUGGAGGGUUGUAAUUCAGAGUAAUGAUGAUAUUGCCUGCCGAGCUAUUGAUCUCCUUAAAGAGAUAUACACAAACCUUGGUCCAAGGCUGCAGGUCAAUCAGGUGGUGAUCCAUGAAGACUUCAUUCAGUCUUGCUUUGAUCGUUUGAAAGCCUCUUAUGACACAUUGUGUGUUUUGGAUGGUGACAAAGACAGUAUUAAUUGUGCAAGACAGGAAGCUGUUCGAAUGGUCCGAGUGUUAACUGUUCUAAGAGAAUAUAUAAAUGAAUGUGACAGUGAUUAUCAUGAAGAAAGAACAAUUUUGCCUAUGUCAAGAGCUUUCCGUGGUAAACACCUCUCUUUUAUAGUUCGAUUUCCAAACCAGGGCAGGCAAGUAGAUGACUUGGAGGUUUGGUCUCAUACAAAUGAUACCAUUGGUUCAGUUCGAAGAUGUAUACUCAAUCGUAUUAAAGCCAAUGUAGCUCAUACAAAAAUUGAACUCUUUGUGGGUGGUGAGCUUAUUGAUCCUGGAGAUGACCGAAAGUUGAUUGGACAAUUAAACCUAAAAGAUAAAUCACUAAUUACAGCCAAACUUACACAAAUAAGCUCCAAUAUGCCUUCAAGUCCUGAUAGUUCCUCUGAUUCCUCAACUGGAUCUCCUGGAAAUCAUGGUAAUCAUUACAGUGAUGGCCCCAAUCCAGAAGUGGAAAGUUGUUUGCCUGGAGUGAUAAUGUCACUUCAUCCCAGAUACAUCUCUUUCCUUUGGCAAGUUGCAGACUUAGGAAGCAGCCUAAAUAUGCCACCUCUUAGAGAUGGAGCAAGAGUGCUUAUGAAACUUAUGCCGCCAGAUAGUACAACAAUAGAAAAGUUAAGAGCUAUUUGUUUGGAUCAUGCCAAACUUGGAGAAAGCAGCCUUAGUCCAUCUCUUGACUCACUUUUCUUUGGUCCUUCAGCCUCACAAGUGCUAUACCUAACAGAGGUAGUCUAUGCCUUGUUAAUGCCUGCUGGUGCACCCUUGGCUGAUGAUUCCUCGGAUUUUCAGUUUCACUUCUUGAAAAGUGGUGGUCUGCCCCUUGUCCUGAGUAUGCUAACCAGAAAUAACUUCCUACCAAAUGCAGAUAUGGAAACUCGAAGGGGUGCCUACCUCAAUGCUCUUAAAAUAGCCAAACUGUUACUAACUGCCAUUGGCUAUGGCCAUGUUCGUGCUGUGGCAGAAGCUUGUCAGCCAGGUGUGGAAGGCGUGAAUCCUAUGACAUCGGUCAACCAAGUAACUCAUGAUCAAGCAGUGGUGCUACAAAGCGCCCUUCAGAGCAUUCCUAACCCAUCAUCUGAAUGUAUGCUUAGAAAUGUGUCUGUUCGCCUUGCUCAGCAGAUUUCUGAUGAGGCUUCAAGAUAUAUGCCUGAUAUCUGUGUAAUUAGAGCUAUACAGAAAAUUAUUUGGACAUCAGGAUGUGGAGGAUUACAGCUGGUAUUCAGCCCAAAUGAAGAAGUGACAAAAAUUUAUGAGAAGACCAAUGCAGGCAAUGAGCCAGACCUUGAAGAUGAACAGGUUUGCUGUGAAGCAUUGGAGGUGAUGACACUGUGUUUCGCCUUGAUUCCAACAGCCUUAGAUGCUCUAAGUAAAGAAAAAGCUUGGCAGACAUUUAUUAUUGACUUACUGUUGCACUGUCACAGCAAAACUGUUCGUCAAGUGGCACAGGAACAAUUCUUCUUAAUGUGCACCAGAUGUUGCAUGGGGCACAGGCCUCUACUUUUCUUCAUUACUCUGCUCUUUACUGUUUUGGGGAGCACAGCCAGAGAGAGGGCUAAACAUUCAGGCGACUACUUUACUCUUUUAAGACAUCUUCUUAAUUACGCUUACAACAGUAACAUUAAUGUACCCAAUGCUGAAGUUCUUCUAAAUAAUGAAAUUGAUUGGCUUAAAAGAAUUAGGGAUGAUGUUAAAAGAACAGGUGAAACAGGUGUUGAGGAGACAAUCUUGGAAGGACACCUUGGGGUUACAAAGGAGCUACUGGCUUUUCAGACUCCUGAGAAAAAGUUUCAUAUUGGUUGUGAAAAGGGAGGUGCUAAUCUCAUUAAAGAAUUAAUCGACGAUUUCAUCUUUCCCGCAUCCAAUGUUUACCUGCAGUAUAUGAGAAAUGGAGAACUCCCAGCUGAGCAGGCCAUUCCUGUCUGUGGUUCACCAGCCACAAUUAAUGCUGGUUUUGAGUUACUUGUGGCAUUAGCUGUUGGCUGUGUGAGGAACCUCAAACAGAUAGUAGAUUCUUUGACUGAAAUGUAUUACAUUGGUACAGCAAUAACUACUUGUGAAGCACUUACUGAGUGGGAAUACCUGCCACCCGUUGGACCCCGUCCACCAAAAGGAUUUGUGGGGCUGAAAAAUGCUGGUGCUACUUGUUACAUGAACUCUGUGAUCCAGCAACUCUAUAUGAUCCCCUCUAUCAGGAAUGGUAUUCUUGCCAUAGAAGGCACAGGUAGUGAUGUAGAUGAUGAUAUGUCUGGGGAUGAGAAGCAGGACAACGAGAGCAAUGUUGAUCCCAGGGAUGAUGUGUUUGGAUAUCCUCAACAAUUUGAAGACAAACCACCACUGAGUAAAACAGAAGAUAGGAAAGAGUACAAUAUUGGUGUUCUAAGACACCUUCAGGUUAUCUUUGGCCAUUUAGCUGCUUCUCGACUACAGUACUACGUGCCUAGAGGAUUUUGGAAACAGUUCAGGCUUUGGGGUGAGCCUGUCAAUCUUCGUGAACAACAUGAUGCUUUAGAGUUCUUUAAUUCAUUGGUGGAUAGUUUAGAUGAAGCUUUAAAAGCCUUAGGGCAUCCAGCUAUGCUAAGUAAAGUCUUGGGAGGUUCCUUUGCUGAUCAGAAAAUUUGCCAAGGCUGCCCACAUAGGUACGAAUGUGAAGAAUCUUUUACGACUCUGAAUGUAGACAUUAGAAACCACCAAAAUCUUCUGGAUUCUUUGGAACAGUAUGUCAAAGGAGACUUAUUAGAAGGAGCAAAUGCUUAUCAUUGUGAAAAAUGCAAUAAAAAGGUUGAUACUGUAAAGCGCUUGCUAAUUAAAAAAUUGCCUCCUGUUCUUGCUAUCCAACUAAAACGAUUCGAUUAUGACUGGGAAAGAGAGUGUGCAAUCAAGUUCAAUGAUUACUUUGAAUUUCCUCGAGAGUUAGACAUGGAACCUUACACAGUUGCAGGUGUUGCUAAACUGGAGGGAGAUAAUGUCAACCCAGAAAGUCAGCUGAUACAACAGAAUGAGCAGUGUGAAAGCGAGAAAGCAGGAAGCACAAAAUACAGACUUGUGGGUGUGCUUGUGCACAGUGGUCAAGCCAGUGGAGGACAUUACUAUUCUUACAUCAUUCAGAGGAAUGGAGGGGAUGGUGAAAAAAAUCGUUGGUAUAAAUUUGAUGAUGGAGAUGUAACAGAAUGUAAAAUGGAUGACGAUGAAGAAAUGAAAAACCAGUGUUUUGGAGGAGAGUACAUGGGAGAAGUAUUUGAUCACAUGAUGAAGCGCAUGUCGUACAGGCGCCAGAAAAGAUGGUGGAAUGCAUAUAUACUUUUUUAUGAACGAAUGGACACAAUAGGUCAUGAUGACGAGGUGAUAAGAUACAUAUCAGAGAUUGCUAUCACCACAAGGCCCCAUCAGAUUGUCAUGCCAUCUGCCAUUGAAAGAAGUGUUCGGAAGCAGAAUGUUCAGUUCAUGCACAACCGAAUGCAGUACAGUUUGGAAUAUUUUCAGUUUAUGAAAAAGCUACUAACAUGUAAUGGUGUUUACUUAAACCCUCCUCCAGGGCAAGAUCACCUGUCUCCUGAAGCAGAAGAAAUCACUAUGAUUAGUAUUCAGCUUGCUGCUAGGUUCCUUUUUACUACAGGAUUUCACACAAAGAAAAUAGUCCGAGGAUCUGCCAGUGAUUGGUAUCUUGUUUUGGAUUUUUAUUCCUGUUUAAGAUUUGAUGGUGGUCUUUGUAGAGUGCUCUGUUUGUUUGUUUGUUUGUUUGUUUUUCAGAAUCACAAGACUUUUAUUCAAACUUAAGAUGCAAAAUUUAAA